AUGAAAGGAAGGAAAGGAAGAUUUACUAACGACCGAGCCUUGGUAUUUGCAGAGGAAGAGGGGACUGUAUAUGGGCAAAUAAUAUGUCCUCUUGGCCAAGGGCAGUUUAAGGUAAGCUGUUCUGACGGGAUUUACAGGACUGCAAAGGUCCGUGGGAGAGAUUACAGGCGGGUUAGAAUGAUACCAGGCGACAUAGUUCUUCUGCGUGUCAGAGAUGGUGAUGAGAAAAGAGCUGACAUCGAUAGGAAAUAUAUGCCAAAGGAAAUCAAGAUACUGAAGGAGGAUGGAGAGAUAAAUGAUGAUACAUUUGCUGCCAAUGACGGAGGCAGUGGAUUGGUUGAGUUCGAGGAGCUUCUUUAG